GCUCCGCCGCUGCCUCCGCCCCGUCCUACUGCGCCGCCGCUCCCGCAACACCGUUUCGUCUCCUGCAACACCCUCUCUGCUCCCGCAACACCGUCUCUGCUCCCGGAAUUCCCCCCAUCACGCCGCCGCCAUGCCCAUGUUCACCAUCUACACCAAUGUCUGCAAAGACGCCGUGCCCGACAGCCUGCUGGGCGACCUCACCCAGCAGCUAGCCAAGGCCACCGGGAAGCCCGCGCAGUACAUCGCCGUGCACAUCGUACCUGACCAGAUGAUGUCCUUCGGGGGCUCCACUGAUCCCUGUGCUCUCUGCAGCCUUUACAGCAUCGGCAAAAUAGGCGGGCAGCAGAAUAAGACUUACACCAAGCUCCUGUGUGAUAUGAUCUCUAAGCACCUGCAUGUAUCUGCAGACAGGGUGUACAUCAAUUACUACGACAUGAACGCUGCCAAUGUGGGCUGGAACGGUUCCACCUUUGCGUAGAGCUCUCCUGUUGGUCUGAAGAGGCUGCUCCUGGACGUACCCUCACCCUGCCCCUUAGCAGAGACCAUCACACAAAUGUCCCUGUUACACUUUGUGCUCUCUCACAGAUUGAUGGCUCCUUAAUAGUGUUUGAAUAUUGCUGCUUCAACAUUCCUGUUUUCUCUGUGUAGAAAACAAAUAAAAGAUUUAGAAGUAAA